AUGACCGUGCCUUUGGAAAUUCCGCCUUCAUCCUUCUUCGAGUCUGUGCUGGAGGUCUCCCUAGUAGUAGUUGAGAAAACCACAAGGCCAUUGCUGUACCUAGUAGAAGGUGUCGCGGUAUCCAAGGCUUCUGUUCUAACAGUCAGUGACCGUGAUACUGAUGCCGACACUGGUUCAGAUUUUGAUUCUGCUGAUAGAGAUGAUGAUGACGAGGUUCCGGAGGAUGAAGGCGUGUACACGAGCCUGUUACGAGGUCUAAUCCCAGAGGGCCAACAACCUUUGUACCUGAGACGGCCGCCACGCUAG